AUGAGUCGCUUGAACGAAGUCGAGACAUUCGAAGAGGCUGUAGACCUCAUUACCGAGAUGCAACGAGGAAUCAAGAUGCGCGACGCAUGGAUCCGCUACGUGAAGCUCAAGGACCAGGCACCUAUAGACAAAACGGACCUGCCUUACACCUUCCUAGUCGACAGGAACGAAGCAUUCAUGGGCAUAUGGAUGUCAGACGAAGUCUACGACGAUGCUCUACUCUAUUUGUCACACGCAGGGGUAGCCUGCUUCUUCCUACACGAAUAUACUUCCGAUGAGACGAAAUACUAUCAUCGUGCCCACUCGGUGCUCCCCUCGCCGGAUAUGCAGAACUAUGCUUUAAUAUCUAAUGAAGACGGUUACCGAGAGCCGUCAAUGAGGAAUAUGACCCCCGCGCCUUCCCCGCACACGCUAAAGGAGCUAGAGAAAAGGCCUGAGACCCCGGUUCGGCAAUGGCAUAAUCUAGAUGGACUAGACGACAAUGCCCAUAACGUGCCCAGCUUAGCUAGUGCCCGCGCUCAGCUAGCCGCCAGAAAGCAAGCGGAAAUGAAGACGGUAAGCGCCACGAUAGCAAAAUUGAAGGCGGAUAAUUCGCCUCGUCCUCCCAGUUUGCCUACAGCGGAUAGAGCUAAGGCUGCGAUCGGUCAAGAGUCUUCUGAAAGAGCCAAAGAGCUUUACGCAGCCUAUGCGUUCGAGAUAUCCCCAUUCUGGCGGAUAGACGAACUACCGCUGGGAGUAGCAUCCAUUGACGGCUUGAUAGCUUUGCUGCGAGAAACGGUGAGGAAGAUCCCCUUUGCGGUGAACCAGAUCCUACACACUUGGACGGGAGGACGUGCUGUGUAUUGGCUUCAAUUUGGCGACGAAGACCAGGCCCUGCGCGUACGAGGGUAUCUGGCACGCUCUAGGAACGCUACGGAAGACAGCUGCGAAGGUCCUCUAGUCCCCAAGACUGCCUAUCAGCUAGCACUAGCGGAAGUUAGGCAGCCCAAGGAGAGACCCUCUUCGCCAACAGUGUACUGGAACCUCCCCGUGAGCUUAGAUGUGUGA